AUUGUUGUGUUGAGUUGAGGGUUGAGGUUAGGGUUGGUACUCUAGUGUUAUUGUUUUUAUUAUUAAUUGAACAAAAUGUAUACACAAAGAAUAAUCAGUAAAGUACCUGGAAAUAUACCAUCCGAACCAAAAAAAGAGAAACAAGGCUACAUUGGCGAUUUAGCGCAGCAAACAAUUGUGCAGUUGAAUGAAUUAUUAGGCAGGCAGCUUAAACUUCUGGCAAAUAAAGCAUUCAUCAACAAACUCGCAGAUAAGGGUGAAAAAAUAACAGCACUGAAGGAGUCGAUCGAGGCGGAGCUGAAGAAGCGUAAUGAGAGCGAGAAUCUGUCUCGGAUGAUGUCGGCUCUGUCGGUGAACGGCAAGGAAGACUUGGACGCGUUGGAGUGGACAGGUCGGUGCGCGCCAGGCCAUGUUGCUACAACUGAGGAAAACAACGAUAGUGAUGACGAGACAGAUCCCUUCAAGAUACUUGCUAAUCACUCAGGUGCAGGCUUUCACAAGAAGAAACACAGAAUAUUAAAACCUGAAGAGCCUCUGAUCAAACCUUCCGAUGUGGAGGACAUGAAGAAUGUUCAUCCUAUGGAUCAAGUUGAAAACCAACCUGAAGAGACAGAAGACGAAGUGCUUGAUGAAUAUGCCAAACACAUUUGUGAAAAAAUGGACUCGGUGAACGCUAAUGAUCAGAAAACCAAGUUUAUGCCUUACAGAACUCUAAAAGGAUCUGUGGAACGCAAGGAGGGGGAACCCAAGAAGGGGAGGGGCAAAUGGGAGGUGACAGCGGCCACUCCUCCCCCUCCCGUGCACGGAGAUGUCAAGAUGGUCAGCCUUCAAGAGUCAAUCAAGCUGCAGCUUGAUCAACAACACAAGUUCAAGGAGGUGCAGAUGAGACAUGCAGCAGAGCGGUUGGCGGCCACGGCUGCAAGUUAUAGUCGUAGUAUAGGCCGACCACCUCAGCAAUUGGGCGACUAUCGCGACCCCGCCUCUGGGAGCAGCUCUGAGGAUGAGGGUAGCGAACAUGAGGUUCACGAUGAGGAAGAGCCAGAUGGAGGAGGAGUUGUUAUAUACAAUCUUGUUGAUGAUCAUGAAAACACCUGAGCUCAUAGAUAUUCUUCUUAUAAGUUAUUUAUUUCCAUGUAUAUUUCUGUAAAUAUAAGUUUUUAUUUUCUA